GGCAGGCAGAGGCAGUGCGGCGGGGGAGGGGCGGCUCCUCCCGGCUGGCGGCGGCGAAGAUGGUAGGUGCGCGCCCCCCGCCCCGAAAUGGCGGCGCCCCCGGCCCGCCCCGCUGUGGGGAGCGCGGCCCCAGGGCCUCUCCGUCUCCGCAGGGCCCUCACCCUUCGGUCUCCCCGCCCACAGCCUCGAGGGAGGGCGGCGGGGCCCACCCUGAGGCGGGGAGAGCCGCACCCUCCGGGCUGGGCCGUGAGGGAGAGCGGGCCCUGCGCCGAGGGGCGCUGACCCGGGGCCGGAGGGCUGUGGCAGCCCAAGAUGGCGGCGGAUUUUUUGAAAGGAUUACCAGUCUACAACAAAAGCAACUUCAGCAGAUUCCACGCAGACUCUAACAGAAGACCAUCGGUAUAUCUUCCCACGAGAGAAUACCCGUCUGAACAAAUUAUAGUAACAGAAAAGACAAAUAUACUUUUGCGUUAUUUACACCAGCAGUGGGACAAAAAGAAUGCAGCAAAGAAGAGAGAUCAAGAGCAAGUGGAAAUAGAAGGUGAGAACUCGGCGCCGCCACGAAAAAUCGCUCGGACAGACAGCCAGGAUAUGAAUGAGGACACUUAAACUCUCGGGCCUCUGCUCUCCUACUUUGCAGGCGCUUCCCAUUUUGUCUCAAAGUGUGUAAAUUUUGCCCCUUGCCGCCAUCUCUCACCCCUCCACUAUGCAGCCCAAACCACUUCUGACUUCAUAGGAGCCAAUGUAUUUAUUUUUUUUCCUCCUUUUUUUUUUUUUUUUAAUUUAUGCCGUAAAAGUUGCGGAGCAAUGGUGGAACAAUCCAGUACAACAUGUAGUGUAACCCUAGUUUCCCCUUUCUAACAACACACGCUGUCACUUUAACAGGUUUUGUUAAAUCUGUUACCUAAUCAACCAGCUCUAGCUGUGGAAGCCUGGGGAGGAGAUGUGGGUUGCUGCAGAACCCCACAGAGGUGUACAGGCUUUCAGAUUCGUGUACCCAUUGACAGACAUAAGUGGUUAACUCUUCUUUGGAUGUGCCCAGUCCAGCCAGAAGUGUGGGGCCUUGCUAUUUUUCUCCAAUAUUCUGCAAUUGGCACUGCACUUAGGGGGGGAAAAAAAUAAUCAUGGAUGUCAUUUAGGAUUAUGUUGAUCUUAGCAAACGUGUUGUCAACUUGGUCUAUCAGUUGUAUUCUUUUGGUCUGUUCUGUAAGGGCCACGGUCGUUUAGCAGCGUACGUUAUCUCAUGCGUAGGUGGUCAUGGAGAAUUCAAGUGAAAGGUGUGUUGCUUGUGUUGCUCUUAAAUUCUAACAGUCUCUUGGUCUUGGACAGACUGAUAUGUGCAACUUCUCCGUUGGAAUAAAUGGAUACUUUUAUCCUAUUCUGAGUAUUUGAUCAACAGUGUGUUUGAGCAGCAGCUGAUGGAUGGAGUGAGGUAGGCACCUGCGGGCAACGCUUGGUGGCUGAGUCUGGGAGCACCUCGGCGUGUCCAUCUGGUUCUGCCUCUGCUGCUGGCUCUGACUGAUAGCACGCUGUGCUUUCUGGUGAUAUCAGCCUCUCUGGAAUGGAGUCCAGGACUUUAGAGUUGAUCCAAAUGCGAGCUUCUGUGGUCUGUGCUUCAGACCAAUCUCUUUUGGACUGUGACAGCUCAGUGCCUGUUACCUGAACCCUCGCAGACUUCAGUAAGAGCAGAAAUGGAGCCCCUAAGUCACCUAGGUGGAUCCAGAGUUCAGCGACCAAAAGGAAAUGACCGCCGCCACCUGAAGGGGACAGGAGGUGUAGCUUAGUAACGACGUCUUGUCUGCUUUCGUGUAGGGAGCUGACUUCACACUGUGUUAGUUUAAAUCAGUCCGUUUAUAACUGUGUUUUUUCCUUGUUCACAAAUCCAAAACGCCGAGAAAGAGUUCCUGGAUAAACCCAGUGCUGUGCGGCCACGAGCUUGGAGGACAGGGCUUCUGUUCCCCUUCUGCACCGCCUCCCUUCCCACCGGUGGACGCCACGUGGUCAGGUGUGGGGCAAAGGGAACACGAAGGGAAAUACUGUUGCUUGUGACUGCACGUUGUGAGGCAGAACCUCGGGGAGAGCAGGGCACAGCUCUCUCACGGCUGCAUCUUUAAGUGUACGCUAGGCACCGAGUGAAUGAAUUUAACGUGACGUUAACACUGAGUAGGUUAGGUUAGAUCUCUGUCCCUGUCUCAGAAAACGUUCCCUUUUUGCCGUGGCAGUAACCUCCACAUUACUGGAAUGUUGCUGAAAAUGCCAACCGUGUUGGUGAAGAUAAUAAAUACUUAGAAUUCCUUGAGAUUUACUGGCAGUGGCAAGAAGACUUCCCAGAGUUACACUGUCAGAAAGUGCUUCUGUGCAAAGUGCAAGAUGCUGAUUGAAGGUGCUGCGUCAGCAUCUGCUCUCACAGGGAUCAUCUGAAGCUGAGACUGGAGAGUGCUUUGAAGAGCUGUGAGAUACCAAAAGAGGAAACGGACAUGGAGCUGGUGGUAAAGUGUGACCAAUUCACAUGCUGGGCAAGUUGGAGAGCUGCAGCCCUGCAGGCUCAUGUUUGUACAGUGCUUUAAAGUUGUAAAAUGCUGUAUACUUGAUUGAUAUGGCAAGGUUUGGGCUUUGCUGACUUCUCUGCUAGACAGAGUGAUGUACUAUUAAAGAGAGUUGGCACUUCCUUCCUGUUGUAAACCCCCGUCUUUGUUCCCUCCGUGUCUUUAAAAAUGAUCUGGUUGCUUACCGGAGCCCUUGCAAUCUUUCAGAUACUUUUAAGAGGUGUAAGUUGCCUUUUUUAAGUAGUUCUGAUGUGAUGGAGAAAGUAAUCAAAGAGGCGUGGACUUAAGUAUCAAACUUGUCUUUUUUUUUUUCCCUCCCCGUUUCUGGUUGUGUACAAACAGUGUGGAUUUCUAAUAAUCACAGUGAGUCUGCUUCCCAUCUGACCCAAAGCGAGAGCUCGCUUCUUUCCUUCCUCCUCCAGCCUGCUGUCUGUGCUGCUGCUGCCUCAAGCAAGCUGUCCUCAGGCUGUUGCACUUUGACCCUAUCUGUAUCAUACGUGGUAAGUGUCUCGGGUUGGAGUGUUGCAUGGAAGGUCUUCUUUGCCUAACUGUGACUUCCUGGUGCCUUAGUGCAUUGAAAACAAGAAAAAAGAAAAAAAAAAAUCCCUGGAUUUCUUGCUGACUGCACUGUUUGUACAAUACCUGGCGAUUCUGACUCUCUUGUUACAAGGUGACUGAAAUUUAGUGACCCUCAGGGGUUUUUUGUAUGUCUGCGUAGUGGUAUUUUUAUUGUUUCUGUUACGAUGUAUACUAAAGGUUUGGCUUUUGUAAUGAAAACUUGAGAUACAUGUCAGAGACCAGAAUGUUACUAUUAUGAUUUAUUUUAUUUUUUUUUUUAGUUGCAUAGGGAAUCUUUGCUCAAUAAUCAAAGCAGCAGAACUGCUUCUUUCUGCAAGGGGACGGCAGCAGGGCGCUCCUGGGAGCAGCUGAGGUGUGCGCUGGGUGAGUGUGGGGUAUCAAAGUUAGGCACUGCCUCUUUGUUUAACGUGUAGCCAUACCAGUGACUGAUGUGCAGGGAAACUAACCUUUUGUUGAGGCUAAUUCUUGGCAUCAUAGGAACUUUUCUUUAGAGGAGACGUAGCCAAAAAAAAAACCCUACUCCUAACACAUAAGUUGGAGGUGUCGGAAAGAAGACUAGACUAACACGUUGUGUUCUGCAGGUGGUUCCUGCUGUUUGUGGAUCACUGCUUUGUAUUGUCUUGAGUCUGUUCGGUUUGGUACAGGUGUAGCAUGGUUGGCUUCCACCACCUCCUCCCUUCUCUCCUUGGCUGUGCACCCACACCGUGCUGUCCAUGCUAGGAGCAGGGGAAUGGAGGUGACCUCUGUAGUGAACACAGGGAAAUGCAAAAUGCAGCAGAACCUGUGGCUGGAAGGUUUGUUUGUAUACAAAGCUGGCAGGCUGUGAAGGACUAGUUACUGAAGGCAUGUGUGAAAGUUCCUAACAAGCCCCAAAACUGCAUUAAGCUGCAAAAGAACAGUGCUGAGCAGAAGGAUGGAAACGUGGGCUGGAGGGGAAGGAGUGCCCGAGGCCAUGGCUCAGCCUGGAGCUGGGCAUCGUGCUGCUGCAGGAGCACGGGGGCAGGCUGAAGUCUUCAGGUGCACUUCACAGUCAGAACUGAAUCACUUAGAUGUGUUAGAUCUGAUUUAAAAGAGAUAGUAGUCCUUUUCUUAGCCUGAGAAAGACGUGGCGCAUCAGCUGUACUACCACUUCCCGUUUCCUGGCUUGUUUACUUACCACUGGCUUCAUUUUUUUCAAGGUUUUUUCAGAAAGGCCUGCAUGUCUCUGAUAGGAAACCUUGUUUUCUUGCUUUGCUGACAUCAGCCUGGCAGCAGGGGAGUUGUGUGUGACCAGAGGGGUUCCAGCUGAUCUCUAUCCGUGCCACGCUUUAUCUGAUUUUUCUGCUGUCUAACAAAGAGGGGGAAAUCCUUUCCAUUAAAGGAGAGAGGGUUGAGUUUACCUGGGAGCAGCACAGGGUAUUUUUGGGAGCAAGGCAGAGGAUGCCCAGAAGGAGCUAUUGCAUCAUGGCUUUGGUUCAGCACAGGCUGACCUUCAUGCCACGCUGACCGCGCUUUGGGUUUCUCUUCUGCUUUCCAAACAACUGUGCAGUUACUGGAAAGAAAAAUCUUCUGUAUGUUGAAAAGGCUGAACCUGGGCUGCAGGGAAGGAGCUUUUUUUUCUUCUUUGUAAGUGAAGCGAGGGAAUGAAAUGCCAGCUUCCAGAUUGCUAACAAUGAGACUCUGUUUUUAAAGGCAGAACUUCCCUCACGGUCCCCAGGCGCGAUGAACCGAGACUCCCCGUGGGCGUGCUUUCAGAAUGAGGUAGCUCUGGGGAUAGUUUUAAGAAGUCUUACUGGAGGUCCUGAUGCUUUCCAAGGAGCUGAGAGGCUUCUGCCCUUUGUGCUGUUCAGGUUUUACCCAUGGGAGCCCUGAGGAGGCUGGUGAGGUGGGAGGGCUGCGCUGACCCUCCAGCAGACCGGGUGCUGCAGGGCAGCAGUGCUCGCCGCCAGGCAGGGUUAUACCUUCCCAUCCCUUCCGCCAGCCAGUCCUCCCUGUGGAGGUAAGAGGCAGCCCCAGCCCUCCAGGAAAGGAAAGCUGCCUUUUCAUUUCCUCUCACUCGUGACCAAAGCAAACUUCAAACACAUCUCGCUGCUGCCAGCUCCAUAAACACCACUUGUCCCAGUUAGCUCUUAAUGAAUUGCCAUGCUGGCACUGCUGGGAUGCUGCUGUUGCACACACACAGUGCUUGUAGUUGAGAAGGGCACAGUACUGACAGCUAAACUGGUUGGAUAUAGCAGAUGUAGGUGAGCAUGGGGAGGGCUGGGGCUGCCUGAGUGCACUCCUUGAUGGCUCUGAGACACAGAUACAGGAGAUGACUAAUCCCUUACUGUAAGGAACAGCAUGAGGUCUGAAUGGAUGGUCAGAGCUGAGUCACUGCACUGCAGUGGUGCCCACUUCCAAAUGCAUUCAUUUCUUAUUAAUCAGUGCACGGUGUGCAGCUCACAGCCUCACAGGGUAUUUUUAGUGAAACCAGUCGUGCACUGGGACAGAGUGUCUCAGCUCACUGCUUUCUACCAUCCCCGACUGCUUUCGGCUCCGUGCAGCACUGGGCUGGUUUUGGCACUGCAGCGUUCAGCCUGUGAGCCUGUGUUCCUUUCCACCCUCAAACCUUUCCUCUUUAGCAAAGAAUACCGUCUGGUGGAUCUGGGAGAAGGGAAGGGAGGUUUUCCUGCCAGCUGCGUGUUGGCAGAAGGGCUGCCGUCGUGGAGCGACUGUAAAUACGCCGUUAGUCGAAUGUCAUGGCUGAUGUUUGAGUUCUUUUUUUUUUUUUUUUGCAUUUAUUUUUAAACUCUUCCAUGUUUGAUACCGUGUACAAUAAAUUUGCAGAAUUUA